UGGACCCUUCCAACAUUCUCUCUCUCUCUCUCUCUCUCUCUCUCUCUCUUCCUGUCGGGGUCUCUUUGCAGUCUCUGUGCCGGAAUUCCCGCGACCAUUGUCGUUUCUGCUAUUUCUCCGAUCGAAACCCUAACUUUUGCUUCUCCCUCUUCCAGCCAACGGAAAUGGUCCGAUUCUUCAUCUUCUUCCAUGGUUUCUGAAGGUUGGGCGCAGUCAAAUUCCCGCAGAGAUGUCUCGCCAAACGACGUCCUCGCAUUUCCACAAGUCGAAAACUCUCGACAACAAAUACAUGCUUGGAGAUGAGAUUGGCAAAGGAGCGUAUGGUCGAGUAUAUAAGGGUUUGGAUUUGGAGAAUGGAGACUUUGUUGCAAUUAAACAAGUGUCUUUGGAGAACAUUGCGCAGGAGGAUCUCAACAUCAUCAUGCAAGAGAUUGACUUACUGAAGAAUCUGAACCACAAAAACAUUGUGAAAUAUCUUGGAUCCUUAAAGACAAAGACUCACCUCCAUAUAGUUCUUGAGUACGUGGAAAAUGGUUCACUGGCAAACAUUAUCAAGCCUAACAAAUUUGGACCUUUUCCAGAAUCACUGGUUGCUGUGUACAUUUCACAGGUUUUGGAAGGCUUGGUAUACCUACAUGAGCAGGGCGUAAUCCAUCGGGACAUCAAGGGUGCAAAUAUAUUAACAACUAAAGAGGGUCUCGUGAAACUAGCUGAUUUUGGUGUCGCAACAAAAUUAACGGAGGCUGAUGUCAACACGCACUCAGUUGUUGGGACACCAUAUUGGAUGGCUCCAGAGGUGAUUGAAAUGUCGGGGGUUUGUGCUGCUUCUGACAUUUGGAGUGUUGGUUGCACUGUGAUUGAACUUCUUACUUGUUUGCCGCCUUACUAUGAUCUGCAGCCCAUGCCUGCUUUAUUUCGCAUUGUUCAGGACGAGCAUCCUCCAAUACCUGAUAGCCUAUCUCCUGAUAUAACUGAUUUUCUGAGGCAGUGCUUUAAGAAGGAUGCUAGGCAAAGGCCUGACGCCAAAACACUGCUUUCUCAUCCUUGGAUACAAAAUUGUAGGCCUGCUCUGCAGUCUUCAAUUAGGCAUAGUGGAACACUAAGAAAUAUACAAGAAGAUGUCUCAACAGAUGCAGAGAUCUCAAAUGGAGACCAUCAAAGUUCUGGUGGAAGCCCUUCUGUGGAGAAAGUGGAAAUAGCUGCUUCUGCAAUGAAAGCUGACUCCAAGAAAGAGUUGUCAUCAAGUGAGGUAGUAGACAUGACCAAGUCUGGUCAGCAUCCUGCUUCAGAUUUAGGUCAUGUUGAUGAGAGAACAGAGAACCCGGAAGAUGAUCUGUCAGAUCAAGUUCCCACUUUAGCCAUCCAUGAGAAAUCAUCCCCACAAAAUGGCGCAGGAAGAUUAUCCUCUGAUAAGGAAGGCACUUCCUCUGAUCAAGCUGAGCUUCUUGAGCUCCCACAACCAAGCAAUCAUGAUGAAGUUUUGGUUAAUGGUGGAGUAGGAUCCCCCGCAUCAAGGGUGAAAAAUGGAGGGAAAGGAAUCUCUUCAUCCAUUACAAAUAGACCAUUUGGUUUUGGACAAAGAAAUCAAGAUACAAGUUUUCAAAAGGUGGUCAAGAUGUCAGUCACCAUGGGUGGAAAUGAGCUAAGCAGAUUUAGUGACACUCCAGGAGAUGCUUCUUUGGAUGAUUUGUUUCAUCCCUUGGAUAGAAAUCCAGAGGAUCGGACGACCGAGGCUUCAACAUCUGCAUCGACAUCACAUCUAAACCAAGGGAAUUCACCUGUCAAUGAUUCGGGGAAAAAUGACCUGGCUACAAAAUUGAGAGCUACAAUUGCUCAAAAGCAAAUGGAAAAUGAAAUGGGGCAAGAAAAUGGGGGCGGCGGGAACUUAUUAAGCUUUAUGAUGGGUUAUCUUAAAGAUGACGUAAUUGAUAUUGAUGGCUUGGUUUUUGAUGAGAGGUUGCCUGGAGAAAAUAUAUUCCCCCUGCAGGCUGUUGAGUUUAGCAGGUUAGUUGGGUCUUUGAGACCAGAGGAAUCAGAAGAAGUUAUUGUGUCUGCUUGUCAGAAGCUUAUUGGCAUCUUCCAUCAACGCCCUGAGCAGAAAAUUGUUUUCGUUACCCAGCAUGGUUUGCUGCCUUUAAUGGAACUGCUUGAAGUCCCGAAAACUCGUGUUAUUUGUUCUGUGCUUCAAAUUAUAAAUCAGAUUAUCAGAGAUAAUACGGACUUCCAGGAAAAUGCUUGCCUUGUUGGUCUGAUCCCUGCGGUAAUGAGCUUUGCUGUUCCUGAUCGUCCUAGGGAAAUUCGAAUGGAGGCAGCUUGCUUUCUGCAGCAGCUUUGUCAGUCAAGUGCCUUGACAUUGCAAAUGUUUAUAGCUUGUCGUGGAAUACCUGUUUUGGUAGGAUUUCUAGAGGCUGAUUAUGCAAAGUACAGGGAAAUGGUUCAUCUAGCUAUUGACGGCAUGUGGCAGGUCUUUAAGCUUCAGCGGUCAACCCCUAGAAAUGACUUCUGUCGAAUUGCUGCGAAAAAUGGAAUACUGUUGAGGCUAAUAAAUACUCUUUAUAGCUUGAAUGAGGCAACUCGUCUGGCUUCUAUAUCUGUUGGGGGUGGAUUUCCGCUUGAUGGAUCAGUUCAACGACCACGGUCUGGUCCUUUAGAUUCCAACCAUCCCAUUUUUGCUCAGACCGAGGCACCAUUUUCUCCAACUGACCAAAUUGCUCUUUCCAAAGUUAGGCAUGGAAUGAUUGAUCAUCACGUUUCAGCUGGAGCAUCUGAACCUUCACGUGCUUCAAUUUCGCAGUCCCAAAGGGCAGAUGGCACUCAAUCAGAUUUACGAUAUCUUCACAUGGACAUUGAUAGACCUCAAUCCAGCAAUGCAGCAGCUGAUAUUUCAGUUCCUUCAAAAUUGUCUGAGCAAACAUCUUUAGAAAAGGCAGCAAACGUUGGAACCAAGGAAUCUUCAGUGACUGCUUCUAAAGAGCGAGAAAAUUUAGACAGAUGGAAAAGCGAUCCUUCUCGAGCAGAUGUUGACCUUAGACAGCAACGAGCUACUAAUUCAUCUAAUACAGCAUCUACAGAGCGGCCUCCAAAGUUGAUAGAAGGUGCACUAAAUGGGUUUCCUACAACAGUAGCUACUCAGCAAGAGCAAGUUCGACCUCUUCUUAGCUUAUUGGAGAAGGAGCCUCCUUCAAGACAUUUCUCUGGUCAGCUUGAUUAUGUACGCCACCUCUCGGGUCUGGAGAGGCAUGAAAGUAUAUUACCUCUCUUGCAUGCAUCACAUGAAAAGAAGACAAACGGGGAACUAGAUUUUCUAAUGGCAGAAUUUGCAGAUGUCUCUCAACGUGGAAGAGAAAAUGGAAAUCUUGAUUCUGCUACUAGAAUUUCACAUAAAGCAGCAAAUAAAAAGAUAGGAAUGAUGUCAUCUAAUGAGGGACCUGCAACCACAACAACAUCUGGAAUUGCAUCUCAGACUGCAUCCGGUGUACUAUCUGGUUCUGGUGUUCUAAAUGCGAGGCCAGGGAGUGCAACAUCAUCUGGAUUGCUUUCCCACAUGGUAUCAACAUUAAAUGCUGACGUUGCCAGGGAUUAUCUGGAAAAGGUUGCAGAUCUUCUUCUUGAGUUUGCCCAAGCAGAUACAACGGUAAAGUCAUAUAUGUGCAGUCAAAGCUUGCUCAGUCGUCUCUUUCAGAUGUUCAAUAGAGUUGAGCCCCCGAUUCUUUUAAAGAUAUUAAAGUGUAUCAACCAUUUGUCAACGGAUCCAAACUGCUUAGAGAAUCUUCAGCGUGCGGAUGCAAUCAAGUAUUUGAUUCCGAAUCUUGAACUUAAAGAAGGAUCUCUUGUAUCUCAGAUACAUCAUGAGGUCCUCAAUGCUCUGUUCAAUUUGUGUAAGAUAAACAAAAGGAGACAGGAGCAAGCAGCUGAAAAUGGAAUAAUUCCACAUUUAAUGCAAUUUAUUGAGUCAGAUUCUCCCUUGAAACAAUAUGCUUUGCCUCUAUUAUGCGAUAUGGCUCAUGCAUCACGUAAUUCAAGGGAGCAACUAAGGGCCCAUGGUGGGUUGGAUGUGUAUUUGAGUCUUCUUGAGGAUGAAUUCUGGUCUGUGACUGCAUUGGAUUCAAUUGCUGUUUGCUUAGCUCAUGACAAUGACAACCGGAAAGUGGAACAAGCAUUACUGAAGAAAGAUGCAGUUCAAAAACUGGUGAAGUUUUUCCAAUGCUGUCCAGAACAACAUUUCGUCCACAUAUUGGAGCCAUUCUUGAAAAUUAUCACCAAAUCAUCUCGUAUAAACACAACACUAGCCGUUAACGGUUUGACACCGCUGCUCAUUGCGAGGUUGGACCACCGGGAUGCUAUUGCUCGUUUGAAUCUUCUGAAAUUGAUAAAGGCUGUCUACGAGCACCACCCUCGACCAAAGCAAUUGAUUGUUGAGAAUGAUUUACCCCAAAAGCUCCAGAAUUUGAUAGAGGAACGCAGAGAUGGACACAGCUCUGGAGGCCAGGUGUUGGUGAAGCAAAUGGCAACUUCUCUGCUGAAAGCACUUCACAUCAAUACCGUUUUGUAAAUUUCAGGGUAUAAUGACUCUUGAUUGUAUUUUUGAUUGCUUAGGCAAAAGUUUAAGUUUUGUUUCUAGUUAUAGAAUUUUUAAUGCCUUAUUUUCGUUUUUCAUUUUUGGUUUUUAUUUGCUCCCUUGAUGAGAUAAAAAGGAAAUUGGGGGAGAGCGCCAUCUUUUUCUCGAGUGAGUCGGGUUGAUUGUUUCAGUUCUAUCGAGUUUUUUUUUUUUUUUUUU